ACGCACAUGGGACUCCGCAGCGUUGCGAUAAUUUGUUUUUCUUUGAUUUCAAUGUAAAUAAUCAAAAUGGUAAAUAAAGACUGGUCAAAAGUGCAGCCUGGGCUGUCGGCGCCCGUGCUAAACUGCAUAAAGAAGCAGGGUUUCGAAUCUAUGACGCCUAUUCAGGCCGCGGUGAUACCUUUAAUUUUGUCGUGUAAAGAUGUGGUGGCGGAGGCCGUGACAGGGUCGGGCAAGACGCUGGCGUUCGUGGUGCCGCUGCUGGAGAUGCUGCUGAAGAAGCAGAAGGAGGCGCCGCUGCGGAAGGACUUUGUUUAUGGACUCAUUAUAGCCCCGACGAGGGAGCUUGCCACACAGAUUUUGAAAGUCAUAGAGUUAUUCCUUGAAGAGCCAGAACUCUCCCACGUGACCCGCUGCCUGCUCGUCGGAGGCCGUUCCGUGGACAUGGACAUAGCCAGUCUGCAGGAAGGAGCGCACAUCAUAGUCAGCACUCCGGGAAGGCUGGAGGACUUGUUGGCGGAAAGGAAACAAGCUAACUUGGCUGGAAGACUUAGGGAAUUGGAGUUCCUGGUCCUGGAUGAGGCAGACCGUCUCCUGGACCUGGGGUUCUCAUCAGCACUCACCACCAUACUGCAGUACCUGCCGCGCCAGCGCCGCACUGGACUCUUCUCUGCCACGCAGACCAAGCAGCUGCAGGAUCUGGUGCGUGCGGGUUUAAGGAACCCAGUGGUGGUGAGCGUCAAGGAAAAAUCCACGAUAUCGACGCCGCUGCUGCUGGAGAAUUACUACGUCAUCGUGGAACCGCAGGACAAAUUCCUUUUUCUGUUAAAUUUUAUUAGAAACCGCAAGAUAGUAAAAGGGCUGUUCUUCCUCCCGACGUGCGCGUGCGUGGACUACUGGGCGGACGUGCUACCCGCCUUCCUCCCCGACGUCAAGGUCUUCGCCAUUCACGGCAAGAUGAAGCAGAAGAGGAGCAGGAUCCUUGACAAGUUCCGAGAGAGUGAGGGGACUAUUCUGCUGUGUACGGAUUUGUUGGCCAGAGGCCUCGACAUCCCGGAAGUAGAAUGGGUGCUCCAAUGGGAGCCGCCGACACACCCGGCCUCCCUCGUGCACCGAGUAGGACGCGCGGCGCGCGGCGGCGCGGCGGGCUGCUCGCUGCUGCCACUUCUACCUAGUGAAGACACGUAUGUGCCGUUCAUAGCGGCCAACCAGAAGGUCGAGCUGAAGGACUGGCGAGGGUCGGCAGACGAGAUUAAGAUUACGCAGAAACUUAGAGAUAAGGUGACAUCGAUUCUCCACGAGCACCAGAAGCGAGACCGCGCCAUCUUGGACAAAGGCCAACGAGCUUUUGUCUCGCACAUGAGGGCCUACAGCAAACACGAGUGCAACUUACUACUACAGUUUAAGCAGUUACCUUUAGGACACAUAGCGACCAGCUACGGCCUCCUCAAGCUCCCCCUCAUGCCGGAACUGAAGCAGGAACACAAAGACCAGUUCGUGGGACCCAAGGAGGAGGUGGACCUCAACAGCAUACCGUACAAGGACAAGCAGAAGGAAACUAGUCGGCUGCAGAAGUUAGAGGAGUAUAGGAAGACGGGGGUCUGGCCGAGCAAGAAGAAAAAGAAAAUGGUAAAAACUCAACCCUGGGAGCAAGCAAAACAAAACAAAGAAGAGAAGAAAGAACGACGAAAAAAGCGCAAAGUGGAGAAGCAGGAAGGGAAGAAAGGCAAGAAGCGACGGGCGGUGACGCAGGAGGAGUUAGACGAACUGGCGGCCGAUGUGGCGCUGAUGAAGAAGUUGAAGAAACGGAAGAUCACUAAAGAACAGUUUGACGAACAGUUCGAUGGGGAUAAAUAAAUGUGCACUAUUAUUUG